AUGUACCUUUUCUUAUCAUAAACAGAGUUCGCUUGUGAACCAUUCUCACAUCCAGACAAGGGCAGGCGAAUCAGAAAGAAGCAAUGUUUGCCUAGUUUUUUUUCCUUUAAUCGUGGUGUAAAAAGAGUUUAUUUUAACUAACCCUAGCCCCUUUCGCAAUUACUGGUAGACUUAGCUUCGUUGAGUUGCGUUUAUUUUGAUAUAUACGAAUAUUAGAAACCCCUCUGACUUUAUAGUUCACUAAAAUUACUCCUCACCGGUAACUAGGGUGUACUGGUUCUUCUUUUUCGUUUGUUUGGAAUGUGGAAUUAUUUUACACAGAUACACACAGGAAACAACUACAAAUUACUCAUUAAGUAGCGCUCGAGAUGCUCCUCGGAAACGCAAAUCCACAAAAAGUGUUAGGUGACAAGGGCAAUAUAGCACACGAGAAAUAAGUUAAGGAAACAAAGGGGACACCUUUCCUGGUCAACGGAUUAAAGCUCCCGUGUGUGCGUGCUGACGGUAUGAUGAAGUUAACCUAGCUAGGCGUUUUCUUCUUUUCGGUACACUUAAUAAGGUUCAUGGACUUAUAGAGAGAAGAGAAAUGUCUUCUAAGUUUUCUAUUUCGGAUGCAACCGUACGAAGAACAGAGAACAGCAAACAGCGCCUACGAACUAUUCCACCUCUAUUAACAAGCAACAAAGAAAAGUAACACAUUAUAUGCACAUACAAGAAUACGGUUGCAGCCAACAUUGUUUGCACGUGGUAUGGAAUUAAGGGAGUAACAGUAACAGGCAAACUCAAUCGCUCUAUGGUUCAAGAAAACAGCAAAACAAUGAAGAAGCAAAGAGAGAUACCGGAAGCACUAGUGCUAGAUCGAACAACCACUGUGACAUUUGAACAAGCUAAACGAAUCACUUUAAACAGGAUAAAAAUAAUAUUAAUGUAGUUACUCGCGGUAAACGUUCUUUUAGGAGGGCGUGUUUAAAAACACAAAUACGGUUGAUUCUUAAUUUGAUAAUUUUUUGUUGUUGUCACACUAUCAUCAUCUGUCGUGUUUUGCACGCACGCAUCCGUUUCUUGCGUGUCCUGUACAUUUCAAUCGCUCAAUAAUACACGGCUAGGAUUGAAUAUAUAUAUGGUUUGGUUUUUAGUAUUUUCUUUUUAUAUAGUUUCUAUCGCUAUUGGUUAUCUUAUCAAUUCCUUACAUUUCUGAAGAUGGUUCGCACAUCUGCUUUGCAUAGCAGAUGACUGCUGAUCGUUUAAAUCUUCCUCGUCUGCUAUAAAGAAAGCCUGUUGCUAAGAGAGACGCAGCACUGAUGUUUCGUAUCCAUAGGAACAACUUGGACAGGGAAACGACAGGAGCGAGUGCAAAUAAGUUGCCGAUGGUUGACACAAGUCUUUUUACCUUUUACUAAGAUGCGCCAGAGAAAUAAGAAAAAAUCAAUGAAUCAAUGGCCGCCACAGUUGUAAGAAAACACUAAGAAUAUAUGUCUUUUUAAGUCAUGCUUAAGGAACAGGCGCCCCGACGUUUUGAGAGUUCGCAGUUAAGCGCUUUUUGCCAAGAAAAUUUAGCGAUUAUAGAAAGCAGCUGAACCUUCAGCGCAGUUGGUAAUGGAGAAGUGUUAAAAUAAAACAGUAAGUCGAAAUCGAAAGUAUAGUGCUAGGAAACCCAUAGCUAGAGCUAUAAUAUUAAUAGCGCGAGGCGAAAGUGAGCAAUUGAAAAGAAGUUGUUUUAAAACAGGGGGCGAGAGAGAACAGAAAGAUUGAAAAAUUAAGUAACACUUAAAGCAACAAGUAAGCGCGUUGAUGAAGGUGUUGUUUGAACACUGUCGAACAGUUUCACAAACAAGCCAAACAAAAAACACAAUAACAGAAGACUUCAACUUGCGCGUCUUUACAAUAGCUAACGCAUAAGAAACUCAAAGUGGCGUGCCGUGAGAAGAUAAAUUAGUAGACAGUGUCUAACCGUUCCUGUUUUUCCAUGUCGGCAUCGAAUACCUUAUACGAUGUUACUUGUGCGCGUUUGCAUGAUAAGCGACACCUAGGUACAAGGGUGUUUUGCGCCCUUUUUUUAUUUUACUCAUCUGUGCGCCUUACACAGAUCUCAAACACAAUAAGCUAGAAAAUAGUCGUUGUUCUCACGUUCUUCCCACCUUGUUGUUCCACUAUCGUUCUUUUACUGUUUUUUUUCGAUUCCUAAGUGAUCACGUCAUGCACGUGUGUAGUGUACCAUACAACACGCAGCUUCCAUCGAUUGUGAGAAGAAAUCCGUUGAAAUUUAGGAUUGUCUAAUGUUUAGCAAAUGUUACAGAGGUCAAGCUAGAGGCCUGUCUGCCUGAUCGUUUGACAGCGCUAACCGAAGAGUGAGAAAGAAUGCCCUUUGAGCAGAUUGUGGUUUUAGUGUUUCCGGUUGGGUUAGGUUUUUAUUUCCGUAUUGUAAUGCUAUCUCACUAUCCUAUCUGCUUCGUUUUCUGUUUCUAAAGUAUAAGAUUGCAUAAAUGUGGGUAGCUGUGUA